AGUCCCGCCUCAAUGGGACACCUCCGGUUGCGUGACCUAAUUGGCCGCAGUCAGCUCCAGUACAUCGACUACAAAGUAGAGUACGGUUUGCGUUUCAAUCCGAAUGCCGCCACCGAAAGCGGGAAAUACCGGCCAUCGAUAGCGCUGACGCCUCAACAGAAACCGGUAGAGCCGGUGCCUAUCGUGCAAAAAAUUGGUCCCCCGGAAGAAGUCCAACAUAAACCGGAAGAAGUUUCAGAACCUCACAGGAAUGAAACGCUGCUGAUGACAGCAGCUGGUUCCGAAAACGUUCCAGUUCAAAUUGUUUCAACUCCUAAGCCGCCGAGUCGUUUGGACAAAACGUUGACCUUAUUCGGGCAACGACUGAAGAAUUUUAUGGUCAAUUCACUGGAACCAAACACUACCGAAUCUCGAAUCGUUCAGAAGCUGCGCUCCCCGUUGACCAUUUUCAGCUUGUUUAAUGUUUUUAAAUUUCAAAAUGGACCAUGCUUAGCUCAGAGAAAUCGUCAGCUUCCAUCUCUUCAGGGCGUUUGCUACCACGAGUUCGAGUGUGCCCAACUUGGCGGGGUUCCCAUGGAUCUGUGCGCCGAAGGAUUCGGAGUUUGUUGCGUUUUCCAACUGGGUUGCAACGACCAAACGUCCCAGAACACCAGCUACUUCCAGAGUCCGGGCUUUCCUAAGGGUACCAGCAAAAAGCUUAUCUGCAGCUUCACCAUAGCGCUUAGCUGGAAUGUACGUCAGGUGCGGUUGGAGUUGUUGUUUUUCGAAAUGGGAGCCCCAACCGAUGGGAAUUGUCUGGAGGAUCAGUUGAUAGUAUCGGUUCAGAAUAGCUACCGUCGAUAUCCGGUGCUCUGUGGCAUCAACAGUGGACAACAUAUGUACCUGCAAAUCGAGCGGGAGUAUUCGCAUUUUGUUUACUUAACCGCAACGUCAAACUCGAAUGAACCAAAGGCAUUCAACAUUCGAAUAACUCAGCUAGCGGAUAUGGAGGCUCCCGAUGGAUGUCUUCAAUACUUGAGUGGUGUGAAUGGUUACAUAAAGUCCUUCAAUUACGAGGACCAAUCGGUGCUGGUACUCAAACGGGUCCCGAGCUAUUAUAACCUUUUUAAAUUACAGAACAAUCUCAACUACGCCAUCUGUAUCCGGCGGAUGCCAAAUUUUUGCAGCACCACCUUUUCGAAUGUGGGCGAAAACGGCGAGGCAAACGAAUUUCAGCUGGUCAAUUUCGAUGAGGAGGGCAUAAGUCUCACCAAACCGGACACCGCAGGAGUAGAAAUCUACAGCUGCCCAGAUGAUUAUCUGGCGAUCAACUAUCUACGACUUUGUGGGGAACGAUUGAACGAUGGUUCCUCAACUGAAGAUUACAUGCAAAAUGCUCCGGUCAUGGACGACAGUGCUGGACCCAUUGUGAUCCCGGUACGUUCCGAUCAGGAGUUUGUCGGCCGAGGAUUCAAACUGAUGUUCAAACAGGAGGUGUGCAAUAGAGCUUAGCAUUUUUUUUUCCUCAGAUUUAGUAGUAUAGUUUAAUUUA